AUGCGUCUCAACUACAUAUACACAGCCACUCUAACUCUCGCUCUGGCAUUAAGUGUCCUAGCAAGUACCGGCGGGUUUUCCAGCACCAACACAGCGAUCGAAACUCGCAAUAUUGGAACAGCAGAGUGGAUGGAGUAUGAUUCGUUAUCGCCAGAUCUAAACUCCGGGGUAGACCACGGAGCAGGUGAUCAUCUGCGCCCUCAAAAACGAAAACUCGUUGCAGACCCAUAUAAAGUUCCCUAUCCUUUGCAGACUGGCCCAACAAGAUACGCCCCGUUGGCUAAGAAGCCCGGGACCGCGACUGCAACCACCUUGCCAACGCCUCAGUUUCCAGCUAGCCCGUACAAAAUUGCCACCAAAUACCUGAACCCUGGAACUGUUCAGACUACACUUAGCGCUACUGAGACGCUGUCUGUCACGAUGAUGGAGAACACAGCUGCUCCGGCACCACACCCUUGA